AUGGUACCCAGGAAAUUAAAGAUGCAUUUAACUCUGAAACAUAAUCAUCUUGCUAACAAGCCUCGGUCCUACUUUGAAGGACAUUUAAGUGACCAAAAACAACAGAGUGCGAUGCUUUCUAAGAAAGUCAAAGUUUCUGAUAAAGCACAAGAGGCCAAUUACUUAGUUGCAGAGUUAGUUGUUAAAAGCAUGAAACCUCAUACAAUAGCAGAGACUCUGAUUCUCCCUGCAUGUAUUGCCAUAGUUUUAAAAACAAUGUUUGGAAGUGAAGCAGAAAAAGAAGUGAGGAAAAUUCCCGUUUCGGAUAGUACCAUUAGCAGACGGAUUCAUGAUACGUCAGCAGACAUAGAGGAAAGUGAAAUGUUUGCACUUCAGGUAGAUGAGUCCACAGACAUUGGAGGUAUGGCUCAAUUACUGGUAUUCGUGAACCAGUUCUUUUGUUGUAAAGAACUUAAGGAAACUACAACAGGCAAUUAUAUUUUCUCUACAUUAAGUGAGUACUUAAAAUCAGUUGGUUUGUCCUGGCAAUCGUGUGUGAGGAUUUGUACAGGUGGGCCACCUGCCAUGAUUGGCUCAAUUAAAGGAUUUUUGAAGAAAGAAAACAGCAGUGUGAUAACAACGCAUUGCUUUCUUCGUGACGCGCUGGUUGCAAAGACAAUUAGCAAUGAUUUAAAAUCUGUACUGGAAAUAGUUGUAAAAUUGGUGAACUUUAUAAAAAGUCGACCGCUGAAGUCUCGUCUGUUUGCUAAGCUAUGUGAAGUGCCUGAGGCAAAACAUUUGAAUCUUCUACAUACGGAAGUAAGAUGGCUGUCCAGAGGAAAAGUAUUGUCACGAGUAUGCGAACUGAAGGAAGAGAUGCUUACUUUUUUCACUUUUGAACAACAAGAGGAAUUCCAAGAUUUACUGGCAGAUGACACUUUGUGUGCAAAAUUCUUACUUAGCUGA